AUGAAGAUUUGCGUUCUUUGCAAUAAAAAUAAAGCCAUCUUGAAGCGGCCUAAAACUUCUCAACAAAUAUGCAAAGAAUGUUUCUAUUAUGUGUUUGAGACCGAAAUUCAUCAUACCAUUGUAGACAAUAAAUUGUUCAAACCUGGGGAUAGAAUCGCUAUUGCUGCGUCGGGCGGAAAAGAUUCGACUGUGUUAGCAUACGUAAUAAAGCUAUUGAAUAAUAGAUACAACUAUGGAUUGAAUCUGUUCUUGUUAUCUGUUGAUGAGGGAAUAACUGGUUAUCGAGAUGAUUCGUUAGAGACAGUCAAGAGGAACCAGCAACAAUACGACCUUCCGCUUGAAAUAGUGUCAUACCGUCAAUUGUAUGGAUGGUCCAUGGAUGAGAUAGUUAAAGAAGUUGGGCUAAAGAAUAAUUGCACAUUCUGCGGAGUCUUCCGCCGUCAAGCACUUGACCGUGGGGCAAUGUUGCUUAACGUAGAUCAUAUAAUUACUGGACAUAAUGCAGAUGAUAUCGCCGAGACGGUGCUCAUGAACAUUCUCCGUGGAGAUAUUGCGCGUCUCCAGAGGUGUACCGAGAUAGUGACAACCGGCGAUGAACGUAUAAAAAGAUCGAAACCGUUCAAGUAUACGUACGAGAAGGAAAUUGUCAUGUAUGCAUAUUUCAAAAAGUUGGACUACUUCUCUACGGAAUGUGUAUACUCUCCAAAUGCCUAUAGAGGAUAUGCAAGAACGUUUCUGAAGGAUUUAGAAUCGAUAAGGCCGAGUACUAUUAUAGAUAUCAUACAUUCUGGUGAAGCUUUUCAAAUCAAACAAGAUGUCAAACUCCCAACUCAAGGCACGUGUAAACGCUGUGGAUACAUGUCAUCGAACGAACUAUGCAAGGCGUGUAUCUUGUUAGAGGGACUCAAUCGGGGACUUCCAAAGCUUGGCAUCGGUAAGACGAACCGAAUGCGUAAAAUUCACGGGGAUAUGCCCGAUAACACAAGUACAAUACAACAUUUGGACACUCUAAAGAAUGAAGCCAACAAUAAUAAAUGCAAAGACUUGUUGAAGUGGUCAACAAAAACCACGCCAACGGCAGUAACGCAAGAGAUGCAUGGAGGACGUUAUGCUAGUCGUAGUGCGAUUAAUGUCUUGUUGCAGACCGACUCUGAGAUAUGCAGCAUGUGGUAUCAGCCAUACUAG